CCGGUUUCCAGGCCGCCGCCGCAGCUUCCUAUCCCCCACACUAGGGGACACCCAUCCUCCCCCGGGCGUUCUUUCUCUCCCACGGCCCCUGCCUGCGUUUCCCGCCGACAUGCCGUUUGUAGAGCUGGAGACGAACUUGCCCGCCAGCCGCUUGCAGGCGGGGCUGGAGAAGCGGCUCUGCGGGGCCGCCGCUGCCAUACUGGGCAAGCCCGAGGACCGCGUGAACGCGACGGUGCGGCCAGGCCUGAUCAUGUCGGUGAAUGGCUCUGCUGAGCCCUGCGCGCAGCUGCUCGUCUCCUCUAUCGGUGUGGUGGGCACCGCGGAGGAGAACCGCAACCACAGCGCCCGUUUCUUCGAGUUCCUCACCAAGGAGCUCAAUCUGGGCCAGGACAGGAUAAUUGUCCGCUUUUACCCUGUGGAACCCUGGCAGAUUGGCAAGAAGGGGACAGUCAUGACAUUUUUAUGAUGGGCAAAGCAGCCAUCCAGGGAUUCUGUGAACUGGCCAUCCCUUCCAGAAAUACCUGCCGGCAGAGUAAGGGCCUGCCUGGUGGAAACCAGUUUCUGGCACCCCCUCAUGCAGUCAUACCUGUGACCUCACAUUCCUCUUCUUCCCCUUCCUUAUGAGAAAUAAAGGAAGAGAACUUUGUCUUUCAAACAUGACUGCUUCACCUCUUUUUAUGCCUCCCCAGAUUCUAGUCCACCUUGCACAAUGGGGUUUAUUUAUAAUGUGGGGGUUUUAGGGGAGUGGGAUGUUUCCUGCUGCUGUUUAAUGUAUUUAGGCUACUCAAAUCUGAGGUGGAAGUCUCAGCUUGGAGGGCCUUGCUCUCUAUACCUUUGUAGGAUUCUUGGACCCAAUUUCCAAAAUGUGAGUAUGUGGAGACUUGCCCACAUCAACAAACAAUUUUUAGACACUAACUGAGGUGAGAAUUCAAAGAAGUGUUCAAUUAUUCAAUUUUGACACUAACAGAGAUAGCAUCAGAUUCCACAGGUUAAGGGCCUCGUCUCCCAAGAGUGCUCUCGGCUACUGGUUAUAAGUCAGAGGUUUCCAUGACCCGCUAUUCAGGUUUGAUUAUUGAUCAUUUGUUAGACUCACACAGAAUGCAGGAAACCUGUUUCUCACUAGAUCACCGAUUUAUUACAAAAGGCUCUAACUCAGAACAAUCAGUUGGAAGAGAUAUGCAUAGGGGUAAGGGAU